CGCUCAUUAGAAUAUAACACUUUGGCCACGCAUUUUGUCGCACCUCCUCAGCGCUGUAAAUGUGCCACUGACCUAUCUUCGAGACUAGUUCCCUGCUCCUAGCAUGUCUUUGCUGCUGCCCGAUGGAAAUGCGCUCCGAGAAUGCAUUCUCGGAAUAGGCGGAACUGGAGUUGUGGUACGUCGUGGUGAUGUUGCCAUCAAGCUUCCUUUGAAGUACGACAUAACAGGCCAUGGCGAAGCCCAAGUCAAGCACCUUAAGGCAUGCGCUGGCAUCUCUUCCGACUCCAUCCAGCGCGAGGAGAAGGUCUACCGACGCCUAGGCCCAAUCGAUGGCGUUGUGCGUUUCCUCGACCAACCCGGUGUGGGCAUCCACAUGGCUUUUAUGCAGAACGGAUCCCUAGUCGACUACCUGAGGAAAUAUACCCCCGAUCGAACGAUACAGCUGGCGUGGUUCUGGGGGAUGGCAUACACCCGCUCUCACAUCCACGAUCGUCACGUAAUCGUCGCUGAUAUUGCCACUCGAAACUUUCUUCUCGCCGCCGACCUGUCUGUCAAGUUCUCAGACUUUAGCGAAUCCACACUUCUGCCCCUCCAUACCGAUAUGGAAACUGCUGACGACUCCGGAUACUCCAUAUACACCGACAUUGGCCAGCUUGGUUCUGUAAUGUUCGAGGUAGUAACCGGAACACCUUGCAAAUUCGAUCUCUAUAAAGACAAGCCAUUCGAACCGGUCACGGCCACCUGGCCACAGAGGGAGGACCUUCCCGAAACGAAAGAUAUUUGGCUGGGUUCCAUUAUUGAGAGAUGCUGGACCAAGGGGACCUUCCAGAAUGCACGUAAGCUCGUGGAAGCGUUGGAUCUAGUUGUUUUGGAAUAGUAGGACCAGGCCACAGCAAGCGCCGAUGGCUCGAAGGGGUGAGGUGUCGGCGGCGUGGACGUGACCAAUGGCGGCGCUGUCGAGUAUAGCGUGGUCACAACAUCACAAAGCGAAUACUACUGUGUACCAGAGGUGUCGCCGUGGGAAGAUAGGGUGUACGGUUCGUAAGCCUCUCCUUCAUGUAGUUGAGCUUUCACAGUGCUGACAUGUAACCGUGUCAUGUAUGGCUUGACAUGAAGGACGAGCUUACAAGCAAGAAGUCUAGCACUCACCAUGGCAAGAACCAAUGAAUUCACAUCUUUCGAGGUAUAUGGUUUCCAAUGAAAAACGCCGUGUAGCCCUCGCAGGGAUUAACACGGUGAGGACGUUAGGUCUCAUUACAAAGCCUCUACGACCCCCGGC